UGAAGUCAACGAAUAACAAAGUGAAAGUUUAGAAUAAUAAUAAUAAAAAAAAAAAAAAUUGUAAAUGAUAAUUGGAAUUGAUUGUUCUUCAUUUGAUUUAUGAUCAUCUUCUUGGUUUAGAAAGUAAGAAGUUACACCUAAGACCUGGCUGAAAUUUGUUAAUUGCUAUUGCUUAUUGAUGACUAGUGCCAUACGUGAUACAGUUGGCUUGCUUUGGAGUAAAGCUUAUCUGACACUGAUCAGAACUUGCAAGAAUUUAAUUCGGAUUAAACUAACCAUUGGAAUUUGAUAUAAUAUUAACUUAGUGGUUUAGAUUUAGAAUCUAGUAGAGCUGCAUUAUUUUAUUGUUCACUGUUGGGUGAUGGUACAUUACAUUUAACUUCUCUAGUAUAAUAUACUUAUUUUCAUCGGAAUUGUUUCAUCCAUGGGUGUGAGCCUGAAACAGCGGCUGGAAAUGUGUUUAACGCGGUAUAUAGUAUAUUAUAUACUAAACAUAGUAGAGGUUUAAGUAGGUCAAAUAGAGCUUCUAAGUCAAAAUGCAUAAACUUUGCUGCUCAAGCAAGUUACAUUGUUCUUUAUAAACAAUUAAUCAUUGAGAUUAUCAAUAUAUAGAGUCUUGAGAUCAAGAAAAAAAGGAUUGUGAGAUUUGACACCGUUCUCUGUCAAAACAAUUCAUGUCAUUUCAUCUAAUCUCCUUUAAGCUUUCUCUGAAGUCAUUCUCUUAUUUCAUACUGAGAAUAGAAUAAGGUUGCUCGGUUUUGUUCCCAAGAUUUCACCAUCAAAAUUUAGUUUGUCUUUCGAAUAUCAUUUUUAUGCUUCUUUGCCCACACUUCCAUGGCAAAGGAGCAAGCUUCUAUGGUUAGUUUCCGUCGGCUCUAUUGCAUUAUCUUCUUGUUUUGUUCAUUCUCAUUCAUAUCAUUUGUGUUUUGGUGCGAUUGUUGUGGCCCAUGUUUUAUUUUACACCAAAAACUGGAGCUGAAGCAAGUCCAGCCAAUUAACCUUCUUACAUAUCCUUCAGCGUGGAAUUAUCUUUCUUUCUCCUUAUAUCCGCCUAGAAAACUGUUAAAAAUUGGUCUGUUUGUCAAGAAAUGGCCUCAUAAAUCGCAUGCAGGAGGGCUUGAACGUCAUGCGCUGACUCUUCACCUUGAGCUUGCAAAACGUGGUCAUGAGCUCCAUGUCUUCACUACUUCCCAUGUAAAUUCUUCCUUUCCUAGCUACACAAUAAGCAAUUUAUAUUUUCACUUGUCAGAACCAACAGCCGGAGGCUAUUUGGACCAAGCUACAAUCUGGAAGCAGUUCCUAAUUGAAAACUCUACUGGAAAGCCUUUCGAUGUGGUGCAUACUGAAAGUGUUGGCCUCUUUCAUACUCGAUCUCGUCUUCUAACCAACCUGGCUGUUUCUUGGCACGGGAUUGCCUAUGAAACAAUUCAUUCGGACAUCAUUCAGGAGCUUCUGCGAAACCCUGAGGAACCCCAGGCAACUGUUUUGACUGAGAAAAUUUUAAGGGUUGUUAAUGAGGUGAAAUUCUUUCCAUUUUAUGCUCACCACGUUGCCACCAGUGACCAUGCUGGAGAUAUCCUAAAGAGGAUUUACAUGAUCCCGGAAGAUCGAGUUCAUAUUAUUCUUAAUGGAGUGGAUGAGGAAAUUUUUAAACCAGAUAUUGGCAAAGGGGAGGAGUUUAAAUUACAGCUCGGUAUCCCUGAAUCGAGGAAAAUAGUUUUGGGGAUGGCCGGAAGGCUGGUGAGGGAUAAAGGACAUCCAAUAAUGUUCGAGGCUUUGAAACAGUUAAUAACUGAAAGUGAUAAAUUCAGGGAAAGAAUUGUUGUUCUGGUUGCAGGGGAUGGUCCUUGGGCUUCUAGAUACAGAGAUCUUGGAGCCAAUAUACUUGUUUUGGGGCCUUUAGAUCAAGCUCAGUUGUCGGGUUUCUAUAGUGCAAUAGACAUUUUUGUGAACCCAACUCUUCGAGCUCAGGGAUUGGAUCAUACUUUACUAGAAGCAAUUCUGUCUGGUAAACCAGUAAUGGCAACCAGGGUUGCUAGCAUUACAGGUUCUGUAAUAGUGGGCACUGAAAUGGGUUAUACUUUCUCCCCAACUGUAGCUUCGUUAAAGAAUACCUUGUCUAAAGUUCUGGACGAUGGAAAAGAAGCUUUAAAGCAGAAAGGUCAGGCAGCUAGGCAAAAGGGUUUGCAGGUAUUCACAGCCACGAAGAUGACAGCCGCAUACGAAAGGCUUUUCCUUUGCAUAGCAGACGGUGGAGGAAAUGACAACAAUUGUCGCUACCAAGAUUCAUCAAAUUAAAGAAUAGCAAAUUAUGCUUAAACCUUUUCAGUUUAGGAAGAUUUCCCAGAAGUGAAUAAAAACUUUAACUUGGAUUCCUUUAAUCAUUAGGUGUAGGAUAUGACAAAGAGGCACAACAAAGUGUUCUUGGGUUCAAGUUAGAACGGAAAAAAACAUCUUCAUACAUUUAGCAAUCGCUUUCUUUGUAACUAUUAUGAAAGGGUGUCUACUGUAUUUGUCUUCUCUUUUUACGUAAUCCACUACUGUGCCUGCUUUUCUAGUUCCCUUGGAUUACUGAUUUUGUUGAUCUUGAUUGAAGAUAGUCUUAAUAAAAGACAAAUCUUGAGCAA